GACCACUAUCCGUGAAACUGAUUAUGAAAUUAUGUCAAAUGAAAAAUGACCCGCUGAAGAUGUCAUUCUCGAUCAAACGACGUCACAGUGAUGAACUUACGUAGAAUUGGUAGAGAAAAAGGAAAAGUGAGAGACGCGCAAACAGUGAUCGUAUCUAAAUGGUGAAAACCGAGAAAACCAAGUCGAUAGUUUGGACUGUUUGUUGCGAGAGAAGCAAAUCGAGUAUAAAAUGGGGGAAGAAGCGGACGUUAUAGGUUAUGAGACAGCGAUAGACGAGAAGUACAGGAUUUAUGCGAGCGUGUCUUUCGCCGUACUGCUGCUAGGCAUCGGAGUUCCUCUUUGGUGGCACACCACCACGGUACCGCGUGUUUCGCUUCCCUACGCUGGAAUCGAGCGACUUUCGGAUCUACGGCUCGAAAUCCAAACGAAACUAUUGGUGGUAACGCUUUCCGAAGAGCGAGCCGAAUCGUUGACUCGCGAUAUAGAGGAAGCGUUUCGAGAUGUCGACGUGUAUCGAAUACGAGUGGAACACCGGACUAUAUCCAGCAGUUUAAUGGCAACGGCGUUUACGCAUCACGAACUGGAAAAGAUAGCUUCCACUUUCGAUCUCGAAGUUGGCCAACUUUUACUCUUGGAAACAAAUAAUUUGAACGAUGCGGUUCUUGUCGGGUCGAAGAGAACCAUCUACUUUUCCACGGAAACUGUCGGCUCUACUUUGAUCCGUGUAUUGUCGGAAUGGAUGUUACUCGAAAAGUCGUUGAAUUUAACGAAAAAUGCGCUCACCGACCCGACUCGAUACAGCCUAGAUAACGAAAACAGAAGAAGAUUUCCUGCUAGUCCUACCUACGAUAUAUUAAUCACGCUCGUUAAUCCCGAUCCAGAAAAAUUAAAGAUCACAUGGGAUCUUCGUGCGAUGACCGAGGAAUACGUGGAACCGUUCCUUGAUGAAUUUUCAAUUUUUACCAACUUCUCCGUGAAAUCACAGUGGCUGUACUUUCUUCCGUUGGACGUUAAUCCGAAGCGAGUACCCGACAGUGGCCCGUUAGGAAGGCAUUUCGCGCUACCGGAAGACGUGUUGUCGCAACUAGUCACACCAUUGGAAAAGAAGUUAGCCUCGCAAGUUAGUCUCGGUCCAACCAUCAAUUUCGUAAUCUAUGCUGUUCCCUGUGACACUGCCCCGCUGCAUAUUUACACGCGUUUAGGUCACAGAUCGAAAUCCAACGCCAACAUCGAAGCGUUUCUUUCGCCAAGGUGGGGUGGCUUCGUCUUGAUCAAUCCACCCAUCGAAGCAUGUGUGGCUGCAAAAAACAACGGAUCGGUCGCUACCAUUGUUCCCGAAGAGACUACUGUCGUCGGAACCUUCCUGGCCCAACUGAAGCUUCUUCUAGGCGUUUCUGAACCGAAAUCCAUAAACGGUGUAACUACCGUUCCGUUGGUGGGAUUGAAACCACGCGACUGGGAGAUCGAUGCUUUGCUACGUGUCCGUACGGUUGAACAAUUGACUUCCGCCAAAUUGACUUUACAAUCGCUUGCUCAACUUCUUAAGGAGAUCGGUAAUAUUGUCAUCACGGACGUCGUAGGGAACAGGAUAAACACUGCUCUACAAUUGGUGGAGACCUCUACCGAACAGUUGGCAUACGGAGACCUAACUCGAGCCUUUCUGUCGAGCAAAGAAGCGUUCGUCACCGCAGAGGCGGCAUUUUCGGAUCCCACGCUCUUAGCUUUGCUCUACUUUCCCGAGGAUCAAAAAUACGCUGUAUACGUACCACUAUUUCUGCCGGCUAUGAUACCAGUGUUGCUUUCUUUAAAAAACAUAUAUCGUUAUUAUUUCGUUAAAAGGACCGAUGCCGCGCCAAAGUGAAACCGCGUCGUUUCGAUUCUUGGCAAAUUUAUUCUGUUCGUUUCACUUUUUUGUUCGACGCGCGCCUUUGUUGAAACGAACGUACGAUAUGAAUAAAAACAGUAUUCUUUUUUUUA